UGGCCGAUCGGCUGCGCCGGAGCUCUGGCUACAGACACGCGCAUCUGGACAACAUCUGCACAAGUUCCUGCCUCUGCUACUCGAGCCAGGAGCAUCCCGGAGCUGCACAGCAACUUCUCUGAACAUGUCUUUCAUAAAAGUCGACGAGAAGUGCGACUUCUCCCUCCACAACCUGCCCUACGGAGUUUUCUCCACGGCGGACAACCCAAGGCGCAGAAUCGGGGUCGCGAUCGGGGACCAGAUCCUGGACCUGAGUGAGAUCAAGUCCCUGUUCACGGGACCCGCGCUCGCGCCGCACCAGCAUGUCUUCGAGGAGCCCACGCUGAACGCCUUCAUGGGGCUCGGGAUCCAGGCGUGGAGGGAGGCCAGGAGCGCCCUGCAGUACCUGCUGUCGGCCACAGAGGGCGCGCUGCGCGAUAACGACGCGCUGCGGAGCAGAGCCUUUGUGCAUCAGAGUUCGGCAAAGAUGCAUCUGCCGGCCGACAUUGGUGACUACACCGACUUCUACUCGUCUCGGGAUCACGCCACCAACGUCGGCAUCAUGUUCCGGGGCAAAGACAAUGCCCUGAUGCCCAAUUGGUUGAGGUUGCCAGUGGGUUACCAUGGGCGUGCCUCAUCAGUGGUGGUUUCUGGGACGUCCUUCCGGAGACCCAUGGGACAGAUGAGGCCAGAUCCCACACAGCCCCCAGUCUUUGGGCAGUGUAAGCAGCUGGAUUUUGAGCUGGAGAUGGCAUUCUUCGUGGGACCGGGCAACAAGCUGGGAGAGCCGAUCCCCAUUGAGAAAGCACAUGAGCACAUCUUUGGAAUGGUCCUGAUGAAUGACUGGAGCGCCCGGGACAUCCAGGCCUGGGAGUAUGUUCCCCUGGGACCCUUCCUGGGGAAGAACUUUGGGACAACCAUCUCGCCCUGGGUGGUGCCCAUGGAGGCCCUGCUGCCCUUCACAGUGCCCAAUGAAGUGCAGGAUCCAGAGCCUCUGCCCUACCUGCGCCAUAGCGACACGUACACAUUUGACAUCAACCUCUUUGUCUCUCUGAAAGGGGAGGCAAUGAAGGAGCCGGUCACUAUAUGCAAGUCAAAUUUCAAGUACAUGUACUGGACCGUGAAGCAGCAGCUGGCGCACCACACGGUCAAUGGCUGCAACGUCAGGCCUGGCGACCUGCUAGCCUCUGGGACCAUCAGCGGCCCCGAUCCCGAGAGCUUCGGCUCAAUGCUGGAACUGUCGUGGAGGGGAUCAAAGGUGAUCAAUCUGGGGGCCGGAGAGACGCGGACGUUUCUGAAAGAUGGGGAUGAGGUCUCCCUUACAGGUUACUGUCAAGGAAACGGGUAUCGGGUGGGCUUCGGCUCCUGCGCAGGAGUCGUCCUACCUGCGCGGCAACAGUGAGAGCUCCGCCUCUCCCAGUAGCCCAACCCUUGCUGCCCAAACCACUGAAAUACCCACAGCAGGGGUGACAGUCCAUAACAGCAUUGCCGCCGCACAGAAGAACCAGUACUUCCAGUAUUAAAGUUUGCCAUUCUGACCUCUCGCAUUCAGCUGAAUCCGGAAGUGUGUCUGUAUCAUCAUCGUCAUCAUCAGCGCCGUACCUUUUAAAAGAAGCUCUUAGUUAUUAUUCCAGUGCAUUGCGGCGGGAUGGAGCAUCGUGUUCCAAUGCGCGUGUUUCGGAAUUUAAUUAUGGAGUAGAUCUCGGUCUUCAAAUCCCCCCCCCCCCGCAUUUUGUGGCAGUGAUUAAUUAGGCCUGAAAUUAAAGGAUAUCCGCCAUUUAUUUGCCUUGACUUCUGUGCAGCGCGGUACCACGCUUUUGGCACACUUGCAAAGUCUGGCUUAAGGAAGGUCGGGCUUAAGAAAGUAAACUUAAGGAACUAAGAUAGAAAGAUGAACCGAGAGACUUGAGUCCGCAUAUGCUGGUUUUACAACUCACGACAAGGACUUUGCUUUCGUUAUGAAAAAAGACAUAAAACUGAUGCGCAACAUCCUAGAUCCAUCACAGGAGAGUAUUUACAUUCAUUAAGGUUACAUUGUAACGGGGCCACAGGAAACUUGGGAUGAUGUUUACGACAAGAGCGGUUUGGAGGCUUCUAAUAGAAAACAAAUGAAGCUGUUUACCAACCCGCCAGCCCUUCGGUGCUUUUGCGGUUCUACUCAAAAUGAUGGGGAGCCGAGCGACAGGACCACAUCCUUCUGUCCCGCACGGCACCGGCAAUGAGACGGUGGGUUUCUUCACGGUGACAAAAGAGCACAGCAGCUGCGCGGUGGGGGUAGAUGAACCGACCAGAUUUAAGGGUGCGAUCAAGAGUGAUUUGCAUCACACUGCACUUGUUUAAUUAUACAUUCCUCUUUCCCCUGUCAACAAUCAAACGCUAUGUGUUGAUUAUAAUGAAUAUUCAUACCGAUGCAGUUUCCUGUAAUUGAAAGUCUCCCGAGUUUUUCUGUAACAUCAUUAAUGCAUUUACUAAAUAGGCAAUCGCCUUUGUCAACGCAAGCGGCUGCGUUGUUUCCGGUAAUUUCCCGUUGAAUACUUCCACCAGAACGGGUCUAUAACUCAUUUCACCGUACCACAGAUAGACUAAUGUUUGUACAAGAGCUUGCAAAAAGUGAGUCAGGUUGUCAGGUGGCUUACUGGUAGGAUUAGUAGUCAAAUACACCCAUUGCUCUCAUAAUGGGGUUAAUUUCUUUCUUCGUCGUAUGGCUCGAUCAAUGACCGAGUCUAAAGUAGACAUUCUGCGGAGUGGUUUUAAAAUGUUCGCCCAUUUAUAUUUUUUAAUAAAACAAGGAUUCUGGGGGAAUAAAAAAAACUUACCUGAGACAAAAAUGGCAAAUAGAGACACAAAGCACACUUAGAUGGAUUAAGAACUUAAGCUCCUGCACAGCUGCAUAAUGCACUAGAUAAACUAAGGUAAUACACUUUUACAGGAUGUCCUAAGCGGGGAGAUUUUAGACAUACGUUUCAUCCAAAAAAUAUUUUAUACGUUUGUACCCCGGUAUGUACAAAGAAUUUUCAUUCAUUUUCCCUUCAUUUUCAGCUGCAUUUUUUUUUUUUUCCCUUUCGGUUUCAACUGCACUUCAUUCAUGAGUUGAGCUGUAUAGCUCAGUACAGGUUUUUACACACCAGUACAAUUCACUGUAAGGUCUAGAAGAGGUGAUCACCUACCACAAACUAUCUGAGGAACUGUUUUCUUUUUGUUCUAUUAUGGGCUGGAGUAUGAUUUAAACACCUUAGUAUUAUUCCAUUUUAGGAAGGGGAAGCUUGAGCUUGGUUUUUCUUUUUUUUUUUUUGUUGAGUCUUUAAAACUGUGACAAAGUGGAUUUUUGUAGAAAUGCAACCAAGCGUAGCAAAAUAUAACCCAGAUGCACAUGUAAAAUACACAUGUAAGGUAUAAAUGUUUCUAUUCCAUGUGGCGCCGAGUAGGUCCGAAAAAUGCACAAACGAUCACUGUUUUCUUGUCUCGUUGCUAUAUUAUCGAGAAAUGAUAAGAGCAGGAUUGUUACAGGUGCUUGUGUUUUCUAGCUGAUCGGGAGCCUUGCAGUCAUUUGCUGCCUCUUUUGAAUUAAUUUUAAUGCCCCCCAGAAAAGGAUUUCAGUGCCCCAGAAAAAAGUGCAGCUGUAUGAAAGAUAAGCAACGUUAUACCAUUCAAAAGCUCAUUGAACACAUAGCUCACCAGAGAAUACCUGUGUGAUUGUAUUUGCACUUUUUUUUUUGCAAUGAUUAUUAACAGUAUUCCUCUGCUGGAAAUGAAGAAUUGGGCUUUCUUAACAAUUGAAAAUGCAAAACAUUAUUUCUACCUUUUCCAAAACAAGUGAUGGUUGAUCUGUCCAGUUGUCCUGGAUGCUUUCUUACAACUGAGGCAAGGUGUACAAAAGAACAUCAUAAAAUGUUCAUUUUCACUCUGAAUAAAUACAUGUGUGUGGGUUCAGUGAAAAUGCUGGGCUGUUAUACUGCCAAGAAAACAACACGUGUAACUGUAUUUGUUAAAAUAAAACUAAAGAGUACUUGAGGCCCA